ACUGCAAGGCCUCCAACCGCAAAUUGAUUACAUCAGUUCAGCAUUGAUCUAUUGAGCGCUCACCUUUCCCACUCAACAGACAAAUUUUUCACAUGACACGCCUACAUCGCCUAGCAGUUUGCCGAGUCCUGUGAACAGAAGUACUCAUCACGUGAGAUAUGUACACGGUCGCGUGUCAUCAAUUUGGUGACGGGCGUCCAAACAAGGUUCAAACGUUCAAGUUUGAAAUUCUCAGAAGUUCAAGUUGCUUCGAAUUUAAAAUCCGUUCUGCAACCUCUGCUUGACUACUAGUAUCUGUUACUCACAGCUCUCAUUUCUUGUUUACUGCGGUCCAAAAACCUGUCGAUCUGCCCGUGAGGCAAGCUUGAAUCGAUAAACUUGUUCGAAUAGCAUCUACCCAUCCAUGGUAGGACUCACGCUGUACGAUGUCCUUGCGAUUCCAACUACCGCUUCUACGGAUGAUGUGAGGAGGGCAUACAAACAGAAAGCUCUUGAAACGCACCCUGACAAGCUCGAACCUACCGUGUCGGAGCAAGAGCGCCGUGCUGCAGAGGGAAGGUUCAGAAAUGUAUGCGAGGCAUUUGAGGUGCUCAGUGAUCCAGUGAAAAGAAAGGCCUACGACGACCGUAUUCAGCUUGCUCAGAAGAACAAGAAACACUGGGAUGAGCAGCACGACAAGCGAGUCAAGACGCGCGAAGAGUGGGCGCGUCAAGUCAAGGAACGCAGCGAGGCUCGUAUGAAAGAACGUGCAGAUUUCUAUGAAAACCUCAAGCGUAUAAAAGAGGAAAAGCAGCGAUACAUGGAAAUGGUUGAGCUAUUCUAUCAAGAACUGCGCGACUGCCACCCAGAGUGGGAAUCGAGGAGGCAGGCUGCGCUACAGUGGAAAGAAAUGGCGGACAAAGGCCAAAUACCACGACAACACACGACUCGCAUUUAGCGAGGCAAACUCAAACUGAUAGUUUCUUCAUUUCAGAGGGUAUUUUGCUUUAUUUAUCUCCCAGCGCUGGAGUUUUUAUUCGCGAUACUGUUGUACUUCUAUGC